GUUUUCUGGCAAUAAAUACUCUAUAUUCGAUUAACUAGUGGUCGUAUAAAAAGAAACCAUCUGUUAGCACAUGUAUCAUUUGUUUUAUACUGGUUGUUCAUCUCAGACCUACAAACAAUGAAAGCUUUUGUGCUAGUCAGCGUGGCGCUCGCUGCCCUCACCUUCAGUUCUGCUGAAGACGACGGCAAGUAUCGCCCGCAGGCGUACGGCGGCGACGACGGCCGGUACCGGGGCUCCGACGAGGGCCGCUACCUCGCCGCCAAGUACGCCAACUUCCCCUACAACCCGUACAGAAGCGGACUAGUCUACCAACCUGUCGUACCACGGGUCUACCAACCAGUUGUACCACAGGUCUACCAGCCAGUGUACCAGCCCUACCAGACGCAGUUCCUGAAGAACUACGUCCCGAACCAGCAGUUUGUGACGCCCUACGUCAGCUAUGGAGAUUAUAAUUCCAUCGACCAAGCAAGCUUCGCGGCGGCAUCAGCUGUGAACGCGGUGACAUACCGCCCCGCGCUGGCCUUCCCUUCCGCCUCCGCUGUCGCCUACUCCUCCACCCCCCGGCCCACCCUCGCCCCCGCGCGCCCCAUCGUGUACUCCUCCACCCCCCGACCCGUCCUCGCCCCUCUGUACGCCUCUAGGAACUACGGCGACAGGUACGCGGAGAAAUCCGCUAGCAUCGUGCGCUUAGACAACGAGAUCACCGACAACUCCUACCACUACCUUUACCAGACUGACAACGGUAUCGCUGCAGAGGAAUCCGGAGUCGUUGAGCCAAAUGUGAACGGUGGAGGCACCAGGGCACGAGGGUUCUAUGAGUACAUCGGAGAUGAUGGACAGAAGUACCGCGUGGACUACACCGCUGAUGAGAACGGGUUCAGGCCUACUGGAGCGCAUCUGCCGAAGAAAUGAAUCGAGCGAUUUCGAAAAUGAAAAGUUACUAACAAAUGACUUGGCUUCAAAUGUGAUUGUGAUAAAGUGACGAGUGAUAAGGAGAUGUUAUACGUAUAUAAGCACGCAGUACCUAACAAUCUAGUCAGAUACCUACAGUUAAUUAACUAUAUUGAACUCACAUUAUAUUAUGUAAGAGUAUGAGUUAUAUAAUUUGUGUCAACUUUCAGGAUUUUAUUUUUUAAUUAAUGUUUUGCAAUUUGAUUAAAAUUGUGUUUUCUUUUCCUAAAUAAAGGGUUCAAUAAGCCUAA